AUACCUUCAGUCGCUCGCAGCACCUCCUGUCAAACCAUGGACCACGGGCAACAGACAACGCACAACUCUGGCUCCGAUGGCCAUUGCCGACUGAAAUUAGUCGACUUUCAGGUGCAUGAAAAUCACACUUCCCAUGAGACAGAGGGACUCAGCCAAAAGCACCUGGUUCUGCGACGUGGGAAACCAUUCAGAGUCACUCUGCUGUUUCGUGACCAGUCAUGGAAUCCUCAUGCGGAGAAUCUGGUCCUGCAGGUCGUCCUAGGCCAUCUGUCACAGAAGAUCCUAGUCCGGUUCGCUGACAAACUGCCCAGCCUCUAUCACUGGUCAGCCACAGUCCUCGCAGGUCACGUGGAUCUCAUGGCUGUCACCAUCAAUGUCUGCUCUCCUGUUUUCUCUUCGGUGGGCCUGUACAAGCUCCUGGUGCACAUAGAGUCCAGACGGGGAUGGAGGAGCUACGCAGUGGGGUCAUUUGUGCUGCUCUACAACCCUUGGCUGAAAGAAGAUCCAGUGUACAUGCCGCAAGAUGCCCAAUUACAGGAGUAUAUCAAGAGCGACUAUGGGCUGGUGUACAUGGGCACCAACGUAAAUGUUGGUGAGCGCCCGUGGUCGUUUGGACAGUAUGAACCCGGGGUCCUGGAGGCAUGUCUGCAGCUCCUGGAUGUCAGCCCACAGCACCUCGACGACCAAGACCAAGACAUUGUAAGGCGAGCGGACCCCGUCUACCUCAGCAGGGUGGUGUGUUCUAUGGUCAACUGUAAUGAUGACCUGGGGAUUCUGAUGGGGAAGUGGCAGGGCAGUUAUGAGGGUGGUGUUAACCCGACAGAGUGGAGCGGCAGCGCUGACAUCCUUCACCGCUGGGUCUCAUCCAAAUUCAAGCCAGUGCGCUUUGGACAGUGCUGGGUCUUUGCAUCCGUCCUCUGCACAGUAAUGAGAGUGCUGGGGAUUCCCUCCAGAGUGGUGACUGUUUUUAAUGCAGCCCACGAUUGUAACGCCAACAUGAAAAUUGAGGAAUUUUACUCGUCUACUGGGGAGAAGCUCAACCUGUCAAAGGACAGCAUUUGGAACUUCCAUGUAUGGGUGGAGAGCUGGAUGCGAAGACCAGACCUCGGUGAAAGGUUUGAUGGCUGGCAAGUAGUGGACCCAACCCCACAAGAGAAGAGUGCUGGGGUUUUCGUCUGUGGCCCUUGCCCAGUAGCUGCUGUUCAGCAGAAAGUCUUCGGUGCCGAAUAUGACACGCCGUUCAUCUAUGCCUCUGUUGAUGCUGAUGUGGUUCGGCUGAUCGUGCGCCAAGGAAUGGUGGUGGGCAGGAAGGUGGACCCUCGGGGUGUGGGGCAGCUGAUCUACACCAAGAGUGUUGACUCGGACGAUCCGGAGAAUCUGACGGACACUUAUAAGUUAAGACGACCAAUGGCCAUGAUGAUGUGCUCCAGGUCAGCAGGACCAAUGGCCAUGAUGAUGUGCUCCAGGUCAGCAGGUGAAGUCAGUGGAAGAGAAGACUCAAAUGCUGUGCAUGAAGGAGAAGAUGAGGAUUCCACAUCUGUACUGGACGUGUCCCUGAAAAUAGAGGGCAAACCAACAGUGGGCCAAAGCAUUCGCUUGUGCAUAAAUAUCAAAAAUAACACAUUCAACAAGAAGGUCCUGAUGGAGCAUGUCAACGCUCAGAUUAAAGAGUACAACAGCGGCCCACAGGAGAGCUUCUGGAAAGUCCACCAAGAGGUGCACAUGGGUCCAUCUGAAGUGUUGACACUCCGUCACACCAUCCCUCCAUCCGAGUACGAGUCGUUCUUGUCGUCUAACGACAUAGUGAAUGUUGCAGUGGUGAUGAAGGACAUGAUGACUGAAGAAAGAGUCCUGGAGACACUGGAGUUCAACAUGACUUCACCAAAGAUAACCAUAGAGGUCGAAGGAGGGGACAGCAUCCAGGUGAGGAUGGAGCACACAGCCCGCGUGUCCUUCACCAACAUAUUUACCAAGGCUCUGAAUGGAGCUGUGCUCACUGUGGAGGGAUCUGGCCUGUUAAAGGACAAACAGGUCGAGAGACUGACUUGUCUAAAGCCCGGUGGGAAGAUUGAGAAGACAGUGUCCUUCACGGCCAAUUCAACCGGCACCAAAGUGCUGAUGUCCACAUUCUCACACGGCGGCAGCCCCACUGUCGUUUCCAGGGGUUUCCACAAAGUCAAAGUCACGGCUGCAUCAUAAGGAGAAGACAAACAGUCCGUCCUGCCAAACAUGUUAAAACUCCUGACUCCAUAAGACCAAUCAUGCAUAUUCAAGAUUCAAGAUUCAAAGUGUUUAUUGUCAUAUGCACAGUAAAGAAACACGUUUCCCUGUACAAUGAAAUUCUUACUUUGCUGUCCACUCAAAAACACCAGCAUAAAGUAGAAAGAAAUGCUUUUGUAAAAUAGUAUAAGUAUACAUAAGGAAAAUAUAAAUAUAAAUAUUACCAAAAAAAACAACUAAAUAUAUAUAUGCAUGAAAUAAGUGUAAACGUAUGCAUAUAUACAAGAAGAAGAACUGUACAUAAAGUGAACAAAUAUGGGACCAGUGAUAUCUUUACACUUACUAGCCUACAAUGCUUUGUGAUUUUUCUUCUUCUGUGAUUAUUGUCAGCAUUACUGUUUUGGCGUCUCAUGCUCAGAUUGUUGUUUGCUCGAUUGAGCUCGAAGCAUGACACUAUCAGACUCGUACAGAGGUGUGUUUGCAUGUGCUCUAAAUGUACUCGCACCAUCCACUUAAAUAAAAUCCUCUGUCCUACUGAUUAUGAAACGUAUUAAUGUCAAAUGUAAAUGGACAAUCAAGUAUCUAAAUAUUUAAUUCAAGUUGUAUCAGAAGUCCACAGCCAAGAGAAAGGGAAUUGGGCUUGUAACUGGAGGGUUGCUGGUUAAAAUACCAAAGGUUGUGGUGCCCCUAAGCAAGGCACCCAAUCCCCCAUUGCACCCUGGGUGCAGAUAAGUGCUGUCCACUGCUCCUGCUCCCAGUUGUAAGGAUGGGUUAAAUGCAGAGGUCAAAUGCAAAACAUUUUGUGCCAAACUAAAAAUGUUGAUGACACACUAUGUAACCGGUGUAGUUUUGCAGUCUGCGUUGUGAAGAAUUCGCCGUACGAUAAAUAUCUUUUGGAGGUAGUCUCCGUUUAUUUCUGACACAAGGCAAGUAAAAGAAAACUCCCAUCAGCAUGUGAAACACAGGGAAAUGUGCCCUCUAUAAAAUAAACAUGUACAGUGUUUCAAAUUUAGCAUGAUAAUCUCCAUAUAUGCAUAAUGACAACGCUAAACAAUACGGAUAACACACAAGCGCACAUCUCGUACCUCUCCCACAGUAUGCAGCAGCAGAAGGGGAGAGGUGACCAGACGCACCCUUAAAUACCAGGUGGGCACGCCAAAAGUUAACAUUGCAUUUUGUGUAAUUAUAACAUAGAAAGGUUAAAUAAAUUGCAGUACCUUACAAAUAUACUGUAGUAACUGACUCUGUAACAAAUACACAUCACUGACAUCUGCUCACAAACUGGAGGUUUCAAAGGGAUGCAGGUGUUGCAUCACCUGCAUUUGCGCCGCAAAUGUCAGUAUCUGUGUUGGUUUCACUCGCAAGAAUUUGAUGGACUUGAGCCAAUAACGAAUCUUUUCACUUGUACUUUCCUGCUAUGAUGAAUGAAACUAUGUGUGGGAGCCGGUGUGAAAUUAGUUAAAGUAGAUAACUGUUGGCCUUAAGCCUUUGAUUAACUUCUUGCAAGGAAAGAAACGUGGCUUUGUGGCCCUUCUGAUGUUAUUAUCUAAUAGUUCAUUAGAUAAAAAGUACCGUGGACACUUUGAUAUCUUUGACGACUAUGUUGGAAAUAGCAGUUUUGUAGGUGGAUGUGUCUGCUAGAGGCUGUACUAGGUUUGGUGUAAUAAGGUUUUUUGACCGUCAAGGGAAUAUUUCUGUGUGUUGUUGAUCCUCAAGAAGCUUGAAUACAUGUGGAUAGAAAUGUAACUUGGAUGUACGGCAAGUGGAAAUAAAUGUGCAAACCCUUCACAUAA